UAUUUUGAUUGAGGCCAUGCCCCAUGCUCCUGGAAGAGGCAACCUGGAGCAAACUCUCUCCUGGGAUCAGUGCAGCCUGCCUGCAGGAACCUUGAAAGCUGGGGAUGCUGCCUCCAACUGCGCCAGCUCAUGGCCCCCAGCUCUGCCCCUAUGCCAGGACAGCACUUCGUGGGACAGUUCCAGCUGGCUGCUGGACCGCAGCUCCACAGCCUCAGCAGGCAGCGAGCUCCCUGCCCGCACCAUCUACAGACCUUGGUGCUCACCGUACAGCUACCUCAUCUGGACCAAAGCAGCCUCUCAGCAGCACCUCUCCUCCAGUCCACUCAGUAGCACCUGGGAGCCUGAGGAUCCCAAAAACCUCUUGGAGGCCCUCGCCUCUUUCUCCUGCUCUUCAGAGGAGCUCCAGACCCCGGAGAGUGCCAGCAACAGGGUCAGCAUCACCACCGGAGACAUCCUUGCAGCUUCCCAGGAGCAGCAUGUGCCAAAGCACGGCUACAAGUGCAUGUCAUGCUGCCGCAUCUUCCCCACGCUGUGCUCAGUCAAGAACCACGUCCAGCGCAGCUCCCAGGAGGGCUACAGCUGCAAGGUGUAUUACUACAAGCUCAAGGCCCUGUUGGAGAAGGAGCACAAUGUACAGGAGACCAAAACCCCUUUGGUGCCUCAGUAGCUCCAGCAGCUGGGCCACUGCCGCGGGAGGGCACUGCUCCAUUGCUCCACUGCUGCACAAUAAACACCAUGCAGAGCACAGCCUGCCUCCAGCUCUCCUCGGAGGCACAGCUCUGCUGCAGCCCCUCAUUGAAACAAUGCUUCUCAUGUCCUUUAAGAGGCUGUUUUCCUUCCCCAGUGGCCAGAAAUUCCUAACGCCU